GAGCCAAAGGCAGGUAACUAAAAAAAACAGGUAUAGUGAGAAAAGGCUGGAGGGCUUGUUAUGGGCUUAGCGUGAGAGAAACUAAACAUUUAUCCACCCUUCUUUACCAGUCAAACCAGUAACUCUGGAUAGAGCACACUCGAGCAGUUUUUACCCUUGUGGUCCCUGAUGGCUUCGCACAGUGAUACUCUGGUGGUGUUCUUUGGGGCAACAGCUGGUGCAAAUGGGGGUAAACUGGGGUCGGAUGAGAGGGAAAUAAUUCUGUUGGUGUGGCAAAUUGUGGAUCUACAUGAGAAAAAGGUGGGAAAACCUCAACAGCACCUGAUUAAACCAGACACUUUGGAAUUAACAGACGAGUGUAAAGAGGAGACAGGAUUGAGUGUGGACAUACUUUGUAAAGCAGAGCCUCUGGACACGGUUCUUCAACAGUUCCAGCAGGCCGUAUCAGCAGAACUUAAAGCUCUGGGCCGAAGCUCCUACACGCUGUGUGUGGACGGACCCCUCCUCAUCCGGCAGGCCCUUCACCCUGAGGCGUCCAAAAAGAAUUUGGUCCUGCCCGAGUGUUUUUACUCAUUUGUGGAUUUAAAAAGAGAGUUUCACAAAUGCUGUCCCAACGCCGGUCCAGUGAAAGACCUCACCCUCCCAUCUAUGCUCGAAUAUUUGUGUCUCCCAGCAGAAAGCGAGCAGACGGCUGGAGUCAGGGAGCUGAAGAGCAUGGUGAUGAUCAUCCAGCACAUCCUGGCUGAGCCAUACAGUCACAAAUUUUCCUCGUUUGAGACGGUGAAGUACAAGUUUGAAUCUGGAGCUUGUAGUAAGACAGAAGCUGUGGACAGUGAGACUGUGAUCAGAGCCCGGGGGUUGCCAUGGCAAUCUUCAGACCAGGACAUCGCUCGCUUCUUCAAGGGCCUCAACAUUGCCAAAGGUGGUGUGGCACUGUGUUUAAAUGCUCAGGGUCGCAGGAAUGGAGAGGCCCUCGUGCGCUUUGUAAACUCCGAGCAUCGGGACAUGGCACUGGAGCGACACAAACACCACAUGGGCAGCAGAUACAUUGAGGUGUAUAAAGCAACUGGAGAGGAGUUUCUAAAGAUUGCUGGAGGCACAUCUAACGAGGUGGCACAGUUCCUGUCUAAGGAGAAUCAGGUGAUCAUCCGAAUGCGGGGCCUGCCGUUCACUGCCACACACCAGGAUGUGCUGGGCUUCCUGGGCCCCGAGAGCCCUGUGACGGAUGGCACCGAGGGGCUGCUCUUCGUGAAGUAUCCUGACGGAAGGCCCACGGGUGAUGCCUUUGUGCUGUUUGCCUGUGAGGAAUACGCCCAGAACGCUCUGAAAAAGCACAAACAGAUUCUAGGGAAGCGGUACAUCGAGCUGUUCCGCAGUACAGCAGCCGAGGUCCAGCAGGUGCUGAACCGUUAUAUGUCCACUCCACUGAUAUCUACGCUUCCUCCUCCUCCUUCAAUGGUACCUGUUCCUGUGCUCGCUGCUCCUCCCUUCAUCACCACAGGCAGCACCAGGGACUGCGUGCGGCUGCGUGGUUUGCCGUACACCGCCACCAUCGAGGACAUCCUGGAGUUUAUGGGAGAGCACACAAUUGAUAUCAAACCCCACGGUGUUCAUAUGGUGCUCAAUCAGCAGGGCCGUCCAUCCGGUGAUGCGUUCAUUCAGAUGAAAGCAUCAGAUCGUGCCUUUAUGGUGGCACAGAAGUGCCACAAGAAGAUGAUGAAGGAUCGUUAUGUGGAGGUGUUCCAGUGCUCCACUGAAGAGAUGAGCUUUGUGCUGAUGGGAGGGACUCUGAACCGUAGCGGCUUGUCACCUCCGCCAUGCAAACUGCCCUGCCUCUCACCACCAACCUACGCCGCAUUUCCAGGUCCAGCUGCUAUGCUUUCCACCGAGGCAGCCCUGUAUCAGCCCCCCCUGCUGGCCACUCCUAGAACUCCACAGCCACCCACACACAGCCCUGUUCCAACGCUUGCUUACUAUUCCCCUCAGCCACAGCUGUACAUGAACAUGAACAUGAACUACACUGCGUAUUACCCCAGUCCUCCAGUGUCCCCGUCCACAGUGAGUUACUUUGCGGCUCCUCCGGGCUCCAUAGCAGCUCAGCUUGCUCCUGCAACUUUACCUCAGCACGGUGCUCUGGUGCGCAUGCAGGGACUGCCUUAUAAUGCUGGGGUUAAAGAUAUCCUCAGCUUCUUCCAGGGUUACCAGUACACUCCUGAGGAUUACAGCAGUGUGAUGGGAGUGAGCGAUCAGGCCCGUGCUCUGGUCCAGCCCAAAGAGUGGCUCUGCCUGUAGGGGGCGCUCCUCCAGCUCCAGGCGGACUCCGUGCUCGUGUUGUAUAACUUGAGUGGCCAGCGGAGCGGGGAGGCGCUCGUCACCUUCCCCAGCGAGGAGGCAGCGAGGCGUGCUGUGGCUGAGCGCUCCAACCUUCCCCUCUCUGGCCACCCUGUCCGCCUGAUGUGCUGCGAAUGAGGUCAACACUCACCCCUUGAAGCCGACUCCAGGAACGAGCGAGGUCUGCACUUCACCCUCUGUCUCCUCCCGACACUGGUCUUCCCCAGACGCACAGGAAGCUUUUCCUCAAGUUUCUAACAUGCUACUGCUGGUGGAGGUGCUAGCAUGGUGGAAAUAUGUGAACUCUAUGUAUAUAUGUAUUUAUACAUCAAAUACACCUAUCGUUAAAAUGCCAGUGUGGAUAUUGUGGAGAAUUGAUUAUAUAUAUAUAUAUUCUUAGUUGUGUUCUUUAUGCAGAAAAGCCUAAAUAGCUCUUCCUGUGGGAGAAAAACCCCACAAUGAGGAUUCACUGUGUUUUUACUCAAAGGCAGUGCAAUAUACAAAGGCUAAGCCAUACAGCCUGCAUGUGUGCUACAAGAAAGGAAUAAAAACUACUGACACUUGUUUAACUUCUAAGCUAAGCCUUAACUUAGUGACCGUGGACAACCUGCUGCAUGAAAGAUUAUUUUGUCAUUAUAAAUCAUAUUAAUUAUUGUGUAACAGACAAGAGCGCGUGUCCCUUCAUCUGCUCGGACUUCUUAGUUUAAUCGAAACCCAGAACAGAGCCAUUUUUAUUUAACGUGAGAAACAAGCCGUUGUGCUUUUGUCUGAUCUGUGCGCUUUCUUUUUUGCAGCCUUUAUUACUGAGAAAUGAUUUUUUUUCUUUCCUAAUCUAUCUGUGACUAGAGAGGCCUUCAGUCAUCAUAGUGCCUUUAUACCUUGUUGUGCCAUUACUACAUGAGCCAGAGUUCAGUACCAGCUGUAACGCACUUUCCCUGGCACUCGGACAUUUAGGAUUUUUUUUUUUUUAAGUUUGAAACUGAAGACAAUCUUUAUGUAACAAUUAUAUGUAAACAAUAAAAUAUCAUUCUAAAA